GAAGUUCCAGUGCUCUGCCAUCGAUAGGGGGAGCCGGCCGUCUGUGUUCGACCCUUCGUUAGGCGUCUGGGGUUGGGGGGUUAGGGAGUUGGCGGGGCCUAGGGCACCUUGAAGCCCCAGGCUCGGAGGACCGGAGAAUGGCGGCCUUAGGGUCCCCGGCGCGCACGUUACGGGCCCUUCUACGGGAGUUACGCUGCAUGAACGCGGCCACUGGCCGACCCUAUCGCGACACCGCGGCCUAUCGGUACCUCGUGAAGGCUUUCCGUGCACAUCGGGUCACCAGUGAGAAGUUGUGCAGAGCCCAACAUGAGCUUCACUUCCAAGCUGCCACCUAUCUCUGCCUCCUACGCAGCACCCGCAAACAUGUGGCCCUUCAUCAGGAGUUUCAUGGCAAGGGUGAGCGCUCAGUGGAGGAGUCUGCUGGCUUGGUGGGUCUCAAGUUGCCCCAACAGCCUGGAGGGAAGGGCUGGGAGCCAUGAAAUGGAGGUUCCUUGGAUGCUGCCUUCAUACAAGAAUUUAAUCAUUUCUAUCAAUAUGUAUUUAUCAUUAAAAUUUUUUUUAAGUUUA